GGAUAGGUGGGAGCUCCGGCGCCGGUGAAAUACCACUACUCCUAUUGUUUUUUUACUUAUUCGAUGGAGCGGGGCUGGAUUUUCGUCCAACUUCUGGUGCUAAGGUCCUCCGCGGGCCGACCCGGGUUGAAGACAUGGUCAGGUGGGGAUGGAUGGAUGGAUGGAUAUUUAACGUCACUUUUCUACCUAUGUACAGAUAAUGAGACGGGCCCGCGACGACGGCGGCACGAAGGGGCAGGUAGCCGUAUAAUCGCCCGUUCAGUCGGGAAAACCCCCCACGGCUAGAUGUCCACGGUAUCGUACCCGCACCCUUCGCUCCCUACCGGUAUUUUCCCCAUAGCGGUAGGGGCCAUUUUGGUUAGGCACCCGGAGGAAAGCUUCGCCUCGACGGACAGCAGUAAAACCUCCGUUCCUACUUUCUCUCUC